CUCCCCGCCGGCGCACCUCGACGCCCACCGACUCUACUCUACAACGUUGUUGGGAUCUGGACUUGCACGCCAGUCCCUUGCCUCUACCUAGCCAGCCAUGCCUCAGCUCGACAUUGACACGAGUCGCCGGAAUACGUCUCCGCGGCCUCUGUCCGACUCGGAGCGUGCCCGGCUUGAGGAGUACAUCGACUCCAUCCACUACUCUGCCAGAUACUCGGACAGUGAAUAUGAAUACCGCCACGUCCAACUCCCCAAGGCCAUGCUCAAGGCCAUUCCCAAGGACUACCACGACACUGCCCACGGCACGCUCAAGCUCCUGUGGGAGGAGGAAUGGCGAGCAAUCGGCAUCACCCAGAGUCUAGGCUGGGAGCAUUACGAGGUCCACGAGCCCGAGCCACACAUUCUCCUGUUCAAGUGAGUUACCAUUCUUCCCCCCUCCUCCCACCUCCUCCACGUACCAGCAUUUUUUUGGUUCCCGCCAAGCCCGAUCAAGUCCCUGC